AUGUUAGAAAAAUCAAAAAUUAAAUAAAUACUUCUUGACAAAUCUCUAGGUUAAAUUCUUAAAGUCAAAAGACCUAUAGAAUCUAUUCAACAAGAUGAGAAUAUUAUACCUUUAAAAUCAUUUAGUCAACAUUUUCAUACUACAGCAGGAAGAGAAGUUGUUUCGAUUCCUUGUUUUAAAACUAAAAUUGAUUAAAAUUCCGAUAAGAAUUGGAAAUUCAUACGUCCACGUACUCCAUCUAUAUCAUUUAAUUGCAAGCCUAGAAUCACUAUCUUUGAUGAAAAGAGAGAUAUUUCUUAAUAGCAAGGACUCAACAUUUCUUUGUCUUGGGAACCAAUUUAAAAACCUAUUCCUUUAAACAAAUAAACAAAAAGAAAACCAUGGUUUACUUUAUAAGUCCUUCAUGAUUCUAUAGCAGAUUAUCAAAAACAGAAAUCUAUCUGUUUUGUUAAUUAUACAAAAGCAAUAUAGAAUAAAGAAAGACCAAAAUAUGAUCAUUAAAUAGAUGAUAGUAAAGUAGCAUAAGCUUAUUUAAAAUUAAAGUAUUUAAUAAUUAAAAAAGACCGAAUUACUCAAAAAGAUAUAUUGAUUUUGCUAAGGUGAUAAACAGAAAUAAUGCAUCUCCUAAUUUCAAUAAAUUUUGA